UGGCCACCAUGGAUCAUGGCUGCCUGGUAGAUGUUUGAUUUCGAUUUUGAAAGUUUGGAGUCCGAGCUGCUGGAGAAUCCGGAGAAUCCCUUCAUAUCUUUGACCGUGACUGGCCUGGAUGGAAGUGAGUACAGCUUCGACGUGCAGAGAGGUUGCAUGGUGAGGGAGGUCAAAGCAUCUCUAGAGAAGCUCCGCGGCAUACCUGUGUUUGAGCAGAGAUUAUGUCGUGACUUCCAUGAAUUGAAGGAUGAAAGCUUCCUUCAUGAUGGCUGCGAGCUGCAGCUUUUACGAAGUGUAGUGAAUGAUGCAGAGUGGCUGGAGCAGUGCAUCAAGGCCAAUAAGGAGCUCGUCCGGGAAGCUGCGAUGAGAGAAGUCUCCGUCUUAGCAUAUGCUGCCGAGGCAUUGCGUGCAGAUCAGGACUUUGCACUGGACCUCGUCUCAGGCCACGGUUUUGCUUUGAGAUAUUUUUCAGCUGAUGUUCGAGCCAAUCGCGAAGUGGUACUUUCAGCCGUUCAGUCGGCUGGUUCCAUGUUGAAAUGUGCAGAAGCCGGUCUGAAGGGAGAUCCUGAGAUAGUGCUUGCUGCUGUUCAACAUGAUGCCAAAGCUUUGAUGCACGCUGACCCAGACCUGCUGCAUGAUACGGACUUCACUAUGCAAGCGAUGGCUACCAAUCGUUUGGUUGCUGACUAUUUGCUAAGCUUGACCCUGGAAGGCAAAGUGCAAGCUGAAACAAAAAGGAAGAGCGAGGAAGCAUGGCAACAGGGUGAAGCUGAUGCCCGAGAUUCUGGACUGACACUCGAAAGCGCACAUUUGCAGUUUCUAAGGAAUGAGGCACUUUUCUUGGACUCCCGCUCAGUGGAUGAGUUCGAUCGAAGUCACCUUGCCGGCGCAUUUUCCUUUGCAGAGAGGUCUCCAAUGCUGGCGCGGUUGGUACAGGAAGGGGAAGAUCUAGAGCAAACUGCCAACCCUGCAUUGAAACAGUUGGUGCGCUUUCCGAACAAAGCUGUCAUUGUUUACAGCGACAGUGGUUCCGAUGACCUAAGCCUUGGAUACAUCAGUCGUUGUGUUCGCGUCACCCAGGAGUUACGACGGGCUUGCCGUAGACAACCUUCCUUGGGCCAUGAGAAACGGAUUUUCCGACUCAUUGGGGGUCUGAAUCAAUGGAAACGAGCAGGUUUCCCAGUACAUGGCGACCAACGACCGCUGAUUAAUGACCAUAUUCUCUUUGAGGGUGGGAUUCAUGGAUAUUUAAACCUCGAGAAUGACAUCUAGCAACCCAGCCAUUCGCUGCAUGGUACAUAAAAUUGCGUGUUCAAGCGGAGAGUCG